GACCAGUAAAAUUUUGAAUUUCGUACGCUAAGUCAACCGGAGGAGCAGUAAUCGAAAGGGAGCCAUGUUGGUCAAGGUCUUAAUGCUCGCAUUGCUCGCGGUCCUGAGCCAGGCGAAGCCCCAGCUGCUGGUCACGACGCCAGUGAGUUAUGCCACCGGAGCGGGAGGCGCUUGGCUGGCUCCUUCCUCCGCCGCCUACUAUCCGGCGUAUGCCAGCUAUCCGGCCUACGCGGCGUAUGCGUAUGCACCGGUUUAUGGCGCAUACGCCACGUAUCCCUACUAUUCGUAUCUAAGGCGAUGAGUCCAAUGCCUGUUGCUCUUGUCUUUUGUGCUGGAUAGCUGAACUUGCGGUUAUUCCUACUAUACGGAGACAGGAGCAUUUUAAAAUGAUUUAUAAAUUAUAUAUUUAGAGUAGGAAUGUAACACUUAUUAAAUGUAUGAAAAGAUACAAUUUAAGAUUUUCUUGUUGAAGAUUAUUGUUACAAUUUCUUACAUGUAACCUAAAAUAAUGAAGUUUGUUUUAUUGUCCGCAAUAUAUUAUUUAUCACUUUGAAGUGCUUGAAACAAUCCGUGAAGUUGUAUUCGAUUUAAGGAACAUUUUAUGAGCAGUGUUAUUAUAAAAAGCAAAUUUAUGGCCAAAUUGAAAUUAACAAUAUUUAAAUAAAUUUGCUUUAUCUCUAAAAUGUGUCAACUUAAACGUUCAAGAAACCUUAGGAAAUUAAAAGGAGGAAAAGUAUA